AUCCCACCCUAAAUCAUGCGCCCUUAAUUCUUCACUUACCCUCCUCCCUAUCUAUGCCCAUCCAUUCUUUCUCCAUUUCCAACCCCUUGUCAUCACACUGAAAUGGCAAAACUCGUAGGAUUUCUGGUUUUCUUCACAGCCUUGGUGGUUGCAGCAGCAGAUUGGAACAUUUUGAAAACCCAAAAAACCAGUAAUGUUGAAUUGGGAGAUGAGUUGAAGAAGUACUGUGAGAGUUGGAGGAUCAAUGUUGAAGUGAACAACAUUAGAGGGUUUGAGGUUGUACCCCAAGAAUGUGUUUGGUACGUUAACAAAUACAUGACAUCGUCUCAGUACAAGGCUGACUCGCAGAAGGCCUUGGAGGAGGUCACUCUCUACUUGAGCAGCUGCUGCAAACUGGAGGGUGAUGGCAAAGAUGCUUGGAUUUUUGAUGUUGAUGACACGCUUCUCUCCACCAUUCCUUACUUUAAGAAACACGGGUUCGGGGGAGAGAAGCCGAAUGGGACUUGUUUGGAGGCAUGGAUGAGAGAAGGCAAGGCACCAGCUCUUGAGCACACACUGAAGCUCUUCCAUGAGAUCAAAGAUAGAGGGAUCAAGAUCUUUUUAAUCUCUUCAAGAAGGGAAAAUUUAAGAUCAUCAAGUGUGGAUAAUCUCAUUAGGGUUGGAUACCAUGGAUGGACUGGUCUUAUAUUAAGGGGUCUUGAAGAUGAGUUCAAGGAAGUGCAGAAAUACAAGUCUGAUGCCAGGCGUAGACUGAUUGAUGAAGGUUACCGCAUUUGGGGAAUUAUUGGAGACCAGUGGAGCAGUUUUGAGGGGCAUCCCAUGGCAAAAAGGACAUUCAAAUUACCCAAUUCCAUGUACUAUGUCUAGCAUGAGAAAUUUCAGCCCACAGAUGCAGACCUAAACAAGCACUCCUAAGUCAUUUCCGA